AUGUAUAAUGAAUUUAAACAAUAUGCUGUUGAAGAUGCUAAAACUGAUCAUCGAUAUGGUGUUGAAUGUCUAUUUCGAUUUUAUACGUAUGGUCUAGAAAAACAUUUUCGUCAACAUGUAUUUGAAGAUUUUCAACAAGAAACUCUUUGUGAUCAUGAAGCUGAUCAAUUGUGUGGUUUAGAAAACUUCUGGGCAUUUUUAAAAUAUUCUCGACAAAAACCAAAAAUUAAUUCAAAACUUGAAGAAAUUUUAAAAAACUAUAAAAAUCGUGAAGACUUUCGUGUUGAUGGUGCAUCAUUUCCACGACAAUUUUUUUCAACAAAAUCAAGAAUUAUAACUGUUUCAGCACUCGAAGCAAGUGCUACUGCAGUAGCAAAGAACAGUGAUACAUAA